AUGCAUGAGUCUAUCUCAACUUCAACGGUCGAUGUCACUGGCAGACACCACUCGGCCCUUGAUCGGCGACAGAUUGUCGACAUCGCAAAUUGGCGGCAGAGGAAUGUGUAUGACACCUUCUCGCGUGGUGGAAAUCCAUCUCGAUCUACCACCAACAUCCACCGUCGUAGAGGCACCGCUAUUGACCCUUCUGAAGAGGGGACCAUGUCAGCCCCAGCCUUAGGGCUCACACCAACGAUGGCGAGACCGCAUCUUCUAGGCCUGCCCGGCGAACUACGCGUCAAGAUAUGGAAGCUGGUAUUCGAAGACGCGAAUGCAGCGCCUUCUCGAAACAGCCAUCGAAUCUACGAAGAGAGCUGUUUCAGCUGCUUCGAAGAACAGCGACCGUUCCCCAUGACAUGGAACGCCACGUUCGAGCCUCUACUGACUUGCAAGCAAAUCUACAGCGAAGCACACGAGAUACUACUGUCGGGCAUGAUGAUCGAGAUCCGCAACCCCAUUUUCGACCUCUCGUGGCUUGCCUGGCCUCUCCCGCCGAUCAACCAUAAGGUCCGACGUCUCGUCGUCUGGGCUCACAUCAACGGCCACAACAGCCGCCAAUGGGUCUCGACGUGCGACCUCUUGAAGAACGCGUUCCCAGCCAUGGAGAGCCUCGUCGUCAAAGCGCACAUGCGGCCACAGGAAGGCGCCGAGGAAACGUUGGACGCAGCUGCUCUCGCAGGGUCCAUUGUGCGGCUGAAGCACAACAAUGCCGGGCUUGCAGUGACGCUGGAGUAUGGCUACCGCUACCACAAGUCCAUGUGGCACAACCCAAGGCUCGGCCAGAUUACCUCGCACGACAUAAUGGAGGACAACGACCGCUUCGUGCGCGAUCUGAUCGAGGAUCGUGAGUUUGGGGAAGCCGCGCUGCAAGCGCACCGAGACGACGCCGACGAAGCGGCUCUGGCCAUGGCGUUCAUGAGAGUCACAAUUGCUCAUGAAGAGAACCUGUUUGAAGCCAUGGUCAGAAGCCGAGAGGAGAGACAAAGACUUGGGGAAGCGAAACUGGCAAGCACACAAGCGUAG